AUUUUGUUACUGUUGUUAGUGGUGUAAGCGUGUGGUUGUGUAUCUUCUUAGAACACACAACCCACCUAAAAAAAAGAGAAAUAAUAUUUACAAAAAUCCAAAAAAAUAUAAAAAUUCAAUAAAAACCCCAAAAAAAUCGAAAAACAGUGGAAAAAAACGAAAAUAAACGGUUACUGUAUAUUUUUCGUUUCUUAUGUUGUCGCGUAGCAUUUAAAUCUGUGUAGUAUCGAACAAGUGAAGAUCGUGCAAAAUGAAUCCGGGCGCUCCAAACUACCCCAUGGCGUCCCUUUACGUGGGGGACCUCCACACCGAUAUCACGGAAGCGAUGCUUUUUGAGAAGUUUUCCACUGCUGGACCAGUUCUUUCGAUCCGUGUUUGCAGAGAUUUGAUAACGAGGCGUUCUUUAGGUUAUGCUUAUGUGAAUUUCCAGCAACCCGCUGACGCUGAACGUGCUUUGGACACUAUGAAUUUCGAUUUGAUCAAGGGCCGCCCUAUUCGCAUCAUGUGGUCCCAACGCGAUCCAUCCCUUCGCAAAUCCGGAGUCGGAAAUGUUUUUAUCAAGAACUUGGAUCGUUCCAUUGACAACAAGGCCAUGUACGAUACGUUCUCGGCCUUCGGAAAUAUUCUUAGCUGUAAAGUAGCUCAAGACGAAAACGGCACCAGCAAAGGCUAUGGUUUCGUCCACUUUGAAACUGAAGAAGCGGCCAAUAAAUCCAUCGAAAAAGUCAACGGUAUGUUGCUCAACGGUAAGAAGGUCUACGUUGGCCGCUUCAUCCCACGUAAGGAACGCGAAAAGGAACUCGGCGAGAAGGCCAAGCUCUUCACCAACGUCUACGUCAAGAACUUUGGAGAAGAUUUGACCGAGGAGCAGCUGCGUGUCAUGUUCGAGAAGUACGGCAAGAUCACCAGCUACAAGAUAAUGAGCAAAGACGACGGCAAAUCCAAAGGAUUCGGAUUCGUUGCUUUCGAAAAUCCAGAAGCCGCGGAAACUGCCGUCGAAGCUUUGAACGGUAAAGAGAUCCUUGAAGGCAAACCUCUGUACGUGGGUCGCGCUCAAAAGAAAGCGGAGCGUCAGCAGGAGCUGAAACGCCGCUUUGAAGCCCUAAAAAUGGAGCGGCUGAACCGCUACCAAGGAGUGAAUCUAUAUGUAAAGAAUUUAGAUGAUACUAUAGACGACGAGCGUUUGCGUAAGGAAUUCUCCCCAUUCGGGACAAUAACUUCGGCCAAAGUAAUGAUGGAGGAUAAUAGGAGUAAAGGAUUCGGUUUUGUUUGUUUCUCGUCGCCUGAGGAGGCCACAAAGGCCGUGACCGAGAUGAAUGGUCGGAUUGUGGGCUCGAAGCCUUUAUACGUGGCCUUGGCGCAGCGCAAGGAAGACCGCAAGGCCCACUUGACCUCCCAGUACAUGCAGCGCAUGGCCAACAUGCGCAUGCACCAAAUGGGCCAGUUCAUCCAGCCCGGGACGUCAAGUGGGUACUUCGUGCCGACCAUCCCCGCGCCGCAAAGGUUCUAUGGCGCCGCGCAGAUGGCCCAGAUCCGUACCAAUCCGCGCUGGCCGGCCCAGACCCCCGUGCGGCCCGGCGCCCAGGGUAGCGCUAACCCAUACGGUACUAUUCCGACCACGUACAGAGCCGCACCGCGCCCGCCAAACCAAUCAGCCGCGAUGAGGAGCAGUAUCAAUGUGCCGAGACCCAUAACGGGCCAGCAGCCGCCGAAUAUACAGGGACGACCCUUAGCUAGCCAAGGCGUUGUAGCACCUGCAGGUAAUCGCCCAACUACUUACAAGUAUACAGCAAAUAUGCGUAAUCCUCCACAAGGUUUAGGCAUCAGCAAUGCUGCACCCGUCCAGCAAGCUGUCCACAUUCAAGGCCAGGAGCCUUUGACAGCCACCAUGUUGGCAGCUGCCCCGCCUCAAGAGCAAAAGCAAAUGCUGGGUGAGAGGCUCUUCCCACUUAUUCAACGCAUGUAUCCUGAUUUGGCGGGCAAAAUCACCGGUAUGUUACUCGAAAUUGACAAUUCUGAGCUGUUGCAUAUGCUGGAGCACAAUGAAUCCCUCAAAGCCAAGGUGGAGGAAGCUGUUGCUGUCUUGCAGGCCCAUCAAGCCAAGCAGGCCGCUAUCAAAAAGGAGUAAAUACAUUCUACACAGAUAAGAAGAAAAUUAAAAAAAUUGCAAACAUGUCAUACGACAAAAAAAAUAUAUAAAAAUCGCAACACUACUACUGUUCAAUGCUUAGUUUUAAACACUACUACUAUUAAAUAUUAAAGCUAAAUUUUGAACAGACAAAAAUAAUCUUAAUAAUGAAACUGUUAAUUUGUUUGUGAUUUUUGCUUGUUUGCAAUUUUCACUAUCUUAGUUUCAUAAUGACAUAGUUUAAUUAUUUUUUUUCAGUUUUUUUCUCAUUUUGACUUAGUUGAACGUUAUAUUAACUGUAAAAUUAUUAUGAUCCUUAUGGUAAAGACAGUUUGUAAAAUUUGAUAUUUCUAAUUUAAUUUAUUCCCUACUAAAGGUUUAAUUCCUUAUGUUACUCUUUUGGUUUUUGGAAUUCUUUGAAGUAAUAAAUAUUCCUUAAUUAUA